AUGGCCGCUCCGGGCAGCUGGGCGACGGCCACCGGUCUUGUCCUCACGUUGAUCGCUGUCAGCGCGGGCGUCAGCUCCGCCGGCGGCUUCGCCUUGCUUCUCAGCUUCGCCGGGGUGCUCGCCGGCGCCAGCCUCAUCUUCGUCGGCGUCCGCGUCGCCGACGACCCGACGGCGCCCGCAGGCCUCCCCGGGGUGGGUGUACGCUGCCUGCGCCGCAACCUCGCUCUCGCGGGCCACCUCUUGGCGUCCUCUGCUGCCAGUGCGACGGUGGUGGCGGCGGCGGCGGACAGGGAGACGGCCCCGGUGCUCUGCUUCUGCGCGUUUGCUCUGCUGCUAAUCGGGCUCUCGCUCCUCAACAUCGGAGUUCUUCUUCUUGGGGAUAAGGAAGCCGAAGAACACUAG